GCAAAAGCUGGGCAUUCAGGUUUUGCCCUCGCCCGACAUGAUGGCGAUCAUGGGCGCAAAAGACACACUGUUUAAGGUGGCCAUGUUGAGCAUUGGUUCGGAGGACAUGCUCUCGCACUACACGGCAAAUGAGUUUGCGACUGGCUUCAAGAAGUCGCUGGCCCUUCAGCUGCGCGGCAUCCAAGCAGAACAGAGGCUCGUUAUGCGAGGGCAUCACCACAAGGCAACCUGGCAGCUCAUGCACUUCACUCGAUGUGAUGGCAUUUAUGGGCUCGAAGGAGUUUUUGCGACUGGUUUCAAGAAGUCGCUGGCUUUCCAGCCGCACGGCAUCAAGCAGAGCAGAGGCUCGUUGGCCAUAAUGAACGUAGGUUCGGAGGACAUGCUGCCAUACGUCACCGCAAAGGCUGACUUCAAGAAGAUGCCGGCUUUCCAGCCACGCGGCAUGAAGCAGAGCAGAGGCGUUGAUGGGCACGAAGGACACACGCUUCAAGGUUUGGAGGACAGGCUCGCACACUUCACCAUGGAGAAGUCUGCGGCUGGUGUCAAGAAGAUGUCCUAUGGCCUCCGUGCUAUUGUUGAGUUUGAU